CGCAAUCCCCGUCCUCCUGCUUGAAACAGCAGCAACAGUUGGCUCCUUCAUUCUUUUAUGUCUCUGCUCCUCUUCACAAUGUUUGCCUCCCACAGUGUCUUCAUUUUACUUUUCUACGGCCUGGUCGCCAUUGAGGCGCAAAUGUCGACGCCCUCUGCUGCGCCGAUUGUAGCAUCUUGUGCCUCCAAGUCCAACACCAGCUGUGAGGACUGUCUGCAGAAUGUCACUUGUUUGUGGUGUAUGCCAACCAAGCAAUGCCUGGACUACCCAGUGAAGAACAUCCUGCCGCCAAGUAGUGUGUGUCCGCUCAAGGAAGUACGAUGGGGUUUAUGUUGGGUAAACUUCCAGAUUUUGAUCAUCACUCUGUCAGUGUUGGCUGGCGUCUUCCUCAUCGUCUUGUUUGUGUGUUGCUUGUGCUGCUGCAGGCGUCGGGGAACCAGAAACGAUGAUGAUGAUGAUGAUGUAAGACAACAGCAACAAACCAGGGCAAGGAACUCCCGUCAGAAACAAAGGAGAGAGGAAAUGCAGCUGAGACAUGAUAAAAUAAGGCAGAAAUAUGGUCUUACUAAGGAUAAUCCCUACUCACGCAUGGAUGAUAAAAAGUAAAGGCAUGAUCAAGUGGAUGACUGCAUUAAUAGACACGGCGUCUUAUUAGAGCGGAGGCCACUAUUCGAGACUACACUAUACUGUCUUAGCUAUGAUUGGUCGACAACAUUUCUCAGAGUUGAUGCCAAUAACAUGAAUAUCAAGCACAUUUCUUUGUACACGUAUAUUAAACUGAUUUUUUCAUCUCUGAAUUUACUAUGUUUACCAAGAACAGUAAGGUGUUAUUUGCGUUGCUACUGAUUUACCGACCUUGUGCUUUUGUCCUUGUUGGAUCUCUGGUAUUUGUAGUGUUAGCGCGCCCCCACAGUGUUUUAUAUUCAUCCAUUGGUCUAAAUCAUUGCAGUGUAUGUAAUUUGUUAAAUCACAGUAAUAUGCAAACUUGUAUUUUAUUACAUUCCACAUUAAAUGCCAGCACAGUAUUUUCACAUUUCUCAUCUUUACACAAUGUUUUACCAAGUACAUUUACUGUAUGUUAGUAUCACAUUGCUAUUGCUAAGUGAUUGUAUUGUUCCACAACUCACCGUUAAGAUGGUUAUUAACAUUUUGUUAUUGCUCAUGUAAAAAAUUAAACCAUCCAGAAAUGUGACGUGCAUUAUAUCGUUGAUUAAUGAGGUAUUAAAGUAGUGGUUUGUUAUGGCAUCACGUCUAGUUCAAUACUUGGGAGCACUUAAUAGUUUUCCAGCAGAUUCCUAAAAAAAACAUGUCCCAUACAGGAACUUUGAGCAUUUUUGCAGUAAGUCCUAAAAAAAAGCGUGCUCUUUAAUGUUUUUGCAGUAGGUCCUUAAACACUACUGAGGUGUAGAGGAUCUUUGAUUCGCCCCAGGAUUUUAGACGAGUGUUUUUGGAGUAGGCCCUUAAAAACUGAGCGCUCCUGUCAAAUGCAGGAUGUUUACUAGAGUAGGUCCUUAAAAACGGCACUUUUUUUUUCAGCCAAGUGUUAAGACCAUAGCUCAUAGGCCUUGAAGGAGACGAGGCCUUAAAAAGAAAACUUUUUGGAAUUUUGCCUAUCCACAAUCCUUAUGUGAGACAUGGACACAAAGUCUUUUCUGUGCUUUCUUAAGACAUAAAAACAGCUAAAUGACGCAGCUGAGAAUGCACAUAAUGGGAAACAACCGCCUAUAAAUUCCAAAAAGCGCCAACAACGCUCCAUUUGUAUAUAAUGUGACAUGUAUAUAACCAAGCUGCAGCAACAUUACUAUAAACAUUGUUAUGCCAAUCGAACUACAUAACUGUCAUAUUGACACCUUGCCACCACCACACCGGCUACCUAGUGCUCUAUGCCUCAAGCCACUGGCAGAAGGUAACGCUACAUACGAAAGGGAUAGUUAGGAUUUUUUGACAUGAAGCUGUAUGACAUCCCCAUCAGCAGUGGACUAUAUCAACAAUGAUCCCAUAUUUGGUGCCGUGAGUCCAGUUCCGGUUGGAUUUCUGUGACGAACGUAGUUCUGAUUAGUUGCUGGGUCAUUUAAAGAGUUUGGCUUCUCACAACAAUAUGCGCUCAAAAGAGUUAAUACAUUUGCAUCAUAAAAAUGCCCCAAAAAAAUCAUAGCUCACAAAUCGCUCUGUUUUAUUUGUCUCCUGCAGUGUCCCUGCUCACUGUCGCCUCUCCAUUCGUGUGUAUGUGAUCUUCAUCCGUGCCAGAGCGCCACGGCCGUCUGACGUGUGUUCCACAGCGGAAGAAGAUGCAAGCGACUUCACCACAUACACACAAAUGGAGAGGCGACAAGUGUGCAGGGACACGGCCGGAGACAUGACGCCGAGCGAUUUGUGAGGUCUGAUUUUUGAUCAGAUCAGAAGUGUAUAUUUGUACUGUGUUUUUUAAAAAUAAAAGCCC